AAAAAACUGUGAAGUAAGAACAAACGGAAAGAAAGAAGCUGAUUCCGAUUCUUCAAGUUCAUCUGCUGGUGGUAACAGGAGGAAGAAGAGAUCAACAAAGAAAGAAGUCAAACAGCGUAAGAACAAACGGAAAGAAAAGAGACGGUUGUCUGGCAAAAGAUCAAAAAGAAGGAGCUUUGGGAGUUCAAAUGAAACAGAAAGUGGAAGUAGCAGUUCUGAUGAUGGAAAAGCAAAUUGACGUGUUGCAAAGGCCAAAAAUAGACCUCCAAUGAGGAAAAGUUUACCAGAUCUGUCACGAAAGGAACCUGAAUCAAAGGUGAAAAUUAAGGAUCAAAAUUCAAAGAAAACAACCUUAGAAGAGCAAGAACUUGUUAAAAAUGGGGUUGUGAAGGACAAGGAGAAGGAAAAAGAGCUUCAAUUACUUACUGCAUAACCUACAUUCUGAGUUGCAUCACCAAGCAUUCACCUCAGUACAGAAUUCUAAUGGUGUGGCGUAUAUUGGGAGGGAUUGCCACCUCUCUCCUCUUUUCAGCCUUUGAAUCAUGGCUUGUUGCUGAACACAACAAGAGAGGUUUUGAGCAACAAUGGCUAUCAAUUACGUUCUCUAAGGCAAUAUUUCUUGGGAAUGGACUGGUUGCCAUUUUAGCUGGUUUAUUUGGAAAUCUUUUAGUUGGUUCAUUGGCCAUGGGACCUGUUGCUCCAUUUGAUGCAGCUUCAAUCUUUCUUGCCAUUGGAAUGGCCAUCAUCAUAUCAUCAUGGACUAAAAAUUAUGGUGACUCAUCAGAAAGCAAAGAUCUAAUGACCCAAUUCAGGGGUGCUGCUGUUGCAAUUGCAUCAGAUGAAAAGAUAGCAUUAUUGGGUGCAAUACAAUCUUUAUUCGAGGGUUCAAUGUACACUUUUGUGUUUCUAUGGACACCUGCUUUAAGCCUAAAUGGUGAAGACAUUCCACAUGGUUUCAUUUUUGCUACUUUCAUGUUAUCUUCCAUGUUAGGAAGCUAUUUAGCUUCUCGGUUAUUAGCACACACACUAACAUACAUUGAUAUUGUGUUGUGUUGUGUUGUAGAUUUUGUCGAAGAGAAAUGA